ACAUUUCCUCCGACUCCGAUCCCUACCAACCCUCCUACUCCUAUUUCGUUGCCUCCGUUCUCUCCUCGCAUGCUUCUUCUCCUACUCUCAACCAAGAACCCGGGGGAUUCUAUUUUAAUGUCAAGAAGUCUGGUCGACGGCGCUAUACAGACCAAGGUCCGAACCUCCGACAAUCGCACUUUAGGUGGCAUGCUACAAUCGGAGCGAUAUGGCUGCGACUUUUACUGGCCAAUCUGGGCAAAGCAGCCUCGCGAACACGAACAUGGCACGGCCGCCACGUGUCCGAGCUUGCACCAAUUGUGUUCGUGCUAAGGCCAGGUGUUCCCCUGGAGCUGACGGUGAAGGCAGGUGUGAAAGAUGCCAUCGCAUGAGCAAAACAUGUCAGCCAUCACCCCCAGUGCGUAAGCGAUGUAAAUCGGAGAAAGCCUUGCGGCCCGAGACUUCUAGGUUGGAGGAGAAAUUGGAUGGCCUUGGCACACUUUCAAAGUCGACCAAGCGGGGUGCAACAGGAAGUUUUAACCCCGUGGUUCCCGGCUCAUUGCCACUAGAAUUCGGUCUUGGCCGUGGGGCAUCCCUCAGUUCAACAGCUGCUACAAGCAUCGGCCACGGACAGUGCGAAUACAACCGGGUCCCCCGGGUCCGCCAUGAGACCAACUGCACAUCAGCAACGCCGUGCGCCUCAGCGCGACCCGCUCUCUCUGUGGACUCGGAGCCAGAUUUAGAAGAUGCAGAAACGUAUUUGGAUAGGUUUCGAAACCAUUUCGUGGAGUAUCUUCCUUUCAUCAUCAUACCAGCCUCUGUGACAGCUCGAGAGCUCCGGCAGGAGCGCCCUAUUCUCUGGAUCUCGAUCAUGGCCGUGGCGUCAAGCAAUUCUACACAACAGAGGGCUUUGUCAAACGAGGCCAGAGCUGUUCUUGCGCGAGAAGCUUUCGUGGAAGGGACACGGAACAUGGAUUUAUUCUUGGCAGUCCUUGUGUACACUACUUGGGACCGGCACUAUCAUUUCGGCCGACCUUUCCUCAUCAGCCUCGUGCAUCUUGCAAUCGCAAUGCUCUACGACCUCGGAUUAGACAAGCCACCCUCUGAAGAUCCGGUGCUUUUGCUAGCACAUCGUCUGAAGGGCUCUGAGCUGCCAUUAAGGUCUUCGAGGACUCCGAGUAAUGAGGAAAGAAGAGCUCUUCUCGGUUGUUUCUUGAUAAGUUCAGUAUCUUGUUUCACCUUGCGGAAGGGCAGCACUUUACGCUGGACAGUAUAUGCGGAUGAGUGCCUCGAGAGAUUGGAAACUGAAAAAGAGUUCGAGUCUGACGCCCUCCUUGUGCAAUUGGUCAAGCUGCGCCUGAUUUCAGAGAGAGUGAAGGACCUGCCUUGGUCGAGCCCAAUCACCAAGAUAGAAAGUGCCACAACUAUACCUGCCUCAUUUUAUGUGCAGUCGCUCGAAGCACAGCUCAAAGAUUUCAAGGCAAAGAUUCCUCCCAGCCAGGCGAAUAACAAAACUCUUCUUCUAGAGCUGCACAUAACUGAGGUCAGCAUCUACGAGAUAGGGCUCUCGCAGGCUCCCGGUCUGUUUAGUGGUCAAUCAAAUCGCCGGGUCGAGUACCUUGUGGCCUGUGUCCACGCCGUCAAGACUUGGAUGGGCGUCUUCCUCGGUAUCAAGCCAGCACAGUAUGUUGGCUUCUCAGCAUUGGAAUAUUCCAACAUGACUCACUGCUUUUUGAGCGUGUAUCGGCUGUCAACAUUUGAGCAUGUUGACUGGGACCGGGCUCUUUGCGUGGACGACCUAGACGUCCUAUCCUUCCUGGAGGCAGGAGAGGAGAACUUUGGACAAGUUAAGGCAGCGGCGGGUCUCUACGUUGACCCCGAUGACGUGGACACUUUCACUAUCAUGGCUUCCAGAAUACACCUCAUCAAGUUGUCAUGGAACGCAGCCACUACCUCUCUAGCAAGUUCAAUCGUUGGAUCGACUUACCAUGAGAACUUUGAGCUGCUGGACCCUUUUGUAGAAUUCUCAGAUGGAGAUUGGCUGAAGCACUUGUUGGGCACAGACCAAUUAUUCUUUUAACAUUAAAUUAGAAAAGCAAAUGACGGAUGAUAAAAUAAAUGUUUAUUUCUAUUA